UGUAGCAUAUCCAAAAUUCACCCAUCCAUGGAGGGCACGGAAAGAGAAUCUAAUGCUCAUACAUUCAGAGUUUUAAUGUUCCCAUGGCUAGCUCAUGGUCACAUCUCUCCCUUCAUAGAACUAUCCAAGAGACUCAGCAAAAGCAACUUCCAAGUAUACUUAUGUUCUACUGAGAUCAACCUGAAUUUCAUCAAGCAAAGUAGAAAGUUUGAUGAGAACUCAUCUCAUCAUUCAAUAGAAUUAGUACAACUUGAUUUGCCGGAUUUGCCUGAACUCCCUCCACACUAUCAUACCACCAAAAACCUCCCACCCCAUCUCCAAUCAACCCUCAGGCGUGCACUUUAUAUGGCAAAAACCAACUUUCAAAACAUCCUCAACACUUUGAAACCUGAUUUGCUAGUCUACGAUGGUUUCCAACCAUGGGCCUCAGAGCUAGCUGCACUGAAUCAUAUCCCUUCUGUUCUUUUCCUAGUUGUGGGAGCGGUGAACUUGUCUUCCGUUUAUCAUAGCCUUAGAUGCAGAGUCUCUGGUGCAAAUGAGACUUACCCUUUCCCUGCAAUUUUUUACAGGGACUAUGAGAUAAAGAAGAUAUUAGCCAAGCUACAAGAAUCCAAAGCAAAAGAAGGUGACGAAUUUGAUGUUUUUAAGAGCAUUGAACUAUCUUCUGAUAUUGUUUUGGUGAAAAGCUGGAGAGAAAUUGAGGGGAAAUAUAUUGAUCACUUAUCUUCCUCUUGCGGGAAGAAACUGAUUGCUGUAGGACCUCUUAGUAAUCCAGAAGGCGACAGCAAGGAGGCGGACAGCUACUCCCAUAUCAUUGAAUUUCUGAAUAGUAAAGAUGAAGCAUCACUGGUUUAUGUUUCUUUUGGGAGCGAAUAUUUCCUGUCGAAGGAAGAAAGGGAAGAGAUAGCAAUAGGGCUGGAGCUGAGCAAUGCCAACUUCAUAUGGGUGGUUAGAUUUCCAGUUGGACAUGCCAUUGGCCUUGAAGAAGCUUUACCAGAAGGGUUUCUUGAGAGGGUGAAAGGAAGAGGGACAGUGGUGAAUGGAUGGGCACCACAGGCUAAAAUUCUUGGGCAUCGAAGCACGGGUGGCUUUGUGAGUCACUGUGGAUGGGGAUCUGUGAUCGAAAGCAUAUAUUAUGGGGUUCCAUUGUUGGCCUUGCCCAUGCAUCUUGAUCAGCCCCUUCAUGCAAGACUUGCAGUAGAGAUUGGUGUUGGUAUUGAGAUUCUCAAGGAUGCAGAUGGACAGAUAAAGAGGGAAGAUUUUGCUAGAGUCAUAAACGAGGUGGUUGUCAAGAAGAAAGAGGGACAACUACAGAGACAAAAAGCUAUGGAAUUGAGUAAAAAGUUGCGAGAAGAAGGUGAAGAAGAGUUGCAUGAAGCAAUAGAGAAGCUCAGGUCAUUGUGCAGCAAAAACAAGUAACAAGACUUGUAUUCAGCUCUGAGCUGAGGUGGCCUAGUUUGAUAUGCAGCAAGAACAAGUAACAAUAUCUGGUAUUCAGCUUUGAUGACUUGGCCUGGUUUGAUAAGAACAACUGCUCCCUUCUAGAAUUUAGUCUUUUUGCUAUCAAAUUUCUUUGUAUUCAAGCACGUAAAAUUGUUAUCAAAUGGGCGUCCGUAUUGUUUCGAAUGCGUGCGUUUUGAAUCCUGAAUUGUGGUGAUCCUGUUACUGAGGAAAACUAUACAUACCCUAUAAUUUUUGAC